AGCCGCAAAUAAGCCCUCUUUGGCUUUGGGGCUUGCGCGUUCUCAAGGACCCCAAUUGUCGCUGGAUCUCCAUCCCAGCUGCUGCACAGUGCACACUGCUGAGGGGUUAUCUCUAUUCGCCAAGCUUUGGUAAGCAAUAUCCGUGCGUUUUUUUCCACGGCCCUCACCGCUGUAUACUUGUUACCUAGCAACCACGUUCCCACGACACACCACAUCGUCGUUACGUGACCUUCUGCAAUCACUUCCGGGUCGGCACUGUACGGGAGAGGUUUACUCACUAUUGAUAUUUCCAGGAGCAGAAGUUUUUCUAAAGGACAGGACAACAGAAAUACUCUAAGCAAGAUUAUGAAGAAAUCUUUUAAUAAAGAGAUCAAUGAUUCUAACUCUCCAAACUCAAGCAAUCUCUCAGAAUCCUGUAUGUCUACAAUGGAGAUCGUAAACAAAAACCCAAAACCUUUUUGGCAGUCAGAAAUUGUAAUACAUCAGAGAACUCACACGGGAGAGAAACCUUUUUUAUGUUUUGAAUGUGAGAAAUGUUUUAGCUGUAGCUCAGCUCUAGUUGCACAUCAGAGAACUCACACAGGAGAGAAACCUUUCUCAUGUUCUGAAUGUGGGAAAUGUUUCAGCGCGCACUCAAAUCUUGUUUCACAUCAGAGAACUCACACAGGAGAGAAACCUUUCUCAUGUUUUGAAUGUGGAAAAUGUUUUAGCUGUAGCUCAACUCUAGUUGCACAUCAGAGAACUCACACAGGAGAGAAACCUUUCUCAUGUUCUGAAUGUGGGAAAUGUUUUAGCGCGCACUCAAAUCUUGUUACACAUCAGAGAACUCACACCGGAGAGAAACCUUUUUCAUGUUCUGAAUGUGAGAAAUGUUUUAGCUGUAGCUCAGCUCUAGUUGCACAUCAGAGAACUCACACAGGAGAGAAAAUGUUCUCAUGUUCUGAAUGUGGAAAAUGUUUUAGCUCUAGCUUAGCUCUAGUUGUACAUCAGAGAACUCACACAGGAGAGAAACCUUUCUCAUGUUCUGAAUGUGGGAAAUGUUUUAGCGCGCACUCAAAUCUUGUUUCACAUCAGAGAACUCACACAGGAGAGAAACCUUUUUCAUGUUCUGAAUGUGAGAAAUGUUUUAGCUGUAGCUCAGCUCUAGUUGCACAUCAGAGAACUCACACAGGAGAGAAACCUUUCUCAUGUUCUGAAUGUGGGAAAUGUUUUAGCGCGCACUCAAAUCUUGUUACACAUCAGAGAACUCACACAGGAGAGAAACCUUUCUCAUGUUCUGAAUGUGGAAAAUGUUUUAACCAUUCCUCAGAUGUAGCUAGACAUCGGAAAACUCACACAGGAGAGAAACCUUUCAGCGUUAACUCCAAACUAACUAAACAUAAGAGAACUCACACAGGAGAGAAACCUUUCUCAUGUUCUGAAUGUGAGAAAUGUUUUAGCUGUAGCUCCGCUCUAGUUGCACAUCAGAGAACUCACACAGGAGAGAAACCUUUCUCAUGUUCUGAAUGUGGGAAAUGUUUUAAUUGUAACUCAAAUCUAACUAAACAUCAGAGAACUCACACAGGAGAGAAGCCUUUCUCGUGUUCUGAGUGUGGAAAAUGUUGGAACAAUUCCUCAGAUCUAGCUAAACAUCGGAGAACUCACACAGGAGAAAAACCUUAUUCAUGUUCUGAAUGUGGAAAAUGUUUUAACCAUGCCUCAGCUCUAGCCAAACAUCGGAGAACUCACACAGGAGAAAAACCUUAUUCAUGUUCUGAAUGUGGAAAAUGUUUUAACCAUUCAUCAUCUGUAGCUAAGCAUCGGAGAACUCACACAGAAGAGAAACCUUUCUCAUGUUCUGAAUGUGGAAAAUGUUUUAGCCUUAACUCAUCUCUAGUUACACACCAGAGAACUCACACAGAAGAGAAACCUUUCUCAUGUGCUGAAUGUGGAAAAUGAUUUCUCUGGCAGUCAAAACUUGUAAUACAUCAGAGAACUCACUCAGGAGAGAAAUCUUUCUCAUGUGCUGAAUGUUGGAAAUGUUUUAACAGGCAUGCACACCUUGUUUUACACCAGAGAACUCACACAGGAGAGAAACCUUAUUCUUGUUCUGAAUGUGGGAAAUGUUUUAGCGAUAGC